AGACUCCACUAAACUGCUUCACAUGAUGCAAUCGUAAAGAAACUGCUUCCAAUUUUUUUGGGGCGGGAACGGGCAUCCGGGCUGGUUUGAGUGCUUUGUUUAGCUCGGGCCUCUUCUCUUUUCGCUUGUUGGCGUCUGUCUGUGUUAUCAAUCCAUCCAUCAAUAAGGCAAACGAGAGCAGUGUUGGGCCAAUGAAGUUGCGUAACUGAACAUUAUCGCUGAAAACGGAAACAUUACGGGAGUACAGAGUGUCUUCCCAAUCCUGCCUGCUGCUCAGAAUAAUAAUGGCCGGCAUCAAUGGCAUGACCGGUGAUUUUCAGUCCGCGGUUGGCGACAAGAGAAAUAUGUACUCCGUACCUAGGAAGUCACAGGCAGCCACCAGUCGAUAUGGAGGUAAGUACGGCGGAAGAGGCCUAACCGCGCCAGAUGGGGAUCACUGCUGCACUCCCGAGGUCGAGGCCGCCACUGGGAUACUUUUGCCAAUGACGCAUGAUUAUUCGUCUUAUUAUCGCUUCUGGGUGUUUUGUGCUUCAAACGCCAAGCCUGAUGUCCCGACCGAGUGGAUGGAUAUGUACUCCGUAUUAUCGCAAGACAUUAACGGUAAAUGGCUGGCAACGUAGAUAUUGGUACGGAUCAGCCUGCUCUGGAGAGAUGAAGGCCAUCACGAGGAGACGAGGACGGAUUGGAGGGAGAAGUAGAAAAGAGAGAAGGUGUUUAUGGUCGCAUUUCCGCGACAUAUAUUCAAUAGAAACUGAAUUGCGCCAUCCGGACAGAUCCGGGGCGAUCAAGAAUGGAUCUGUUCGCUUUCCACCCCAGCCCUGUGCUGGCUGUUCCAACUCUUGUCUGAGCCUCAGCGGCGACUGGCGCGAGGAACCAUGACAGAAACCAUCGCACGAACGAAUACGAGGGGGGAAACUGUGAACAAAAAAUUACGGGGUACGACCGUAUCAGCGAUUCAGGCUUGAUUGGGCAUGAUUGGCGUGUCCAGCUCCCACGGCUGGUGGUGGUGGUGGUUAA